AUGCGUGAUGAAUCAUUGGCUUAUCUAUGUUUUUGUUCAAUUAUGAGGCGCAUUCGAGCAAAUUUUGCUACUGAUGGUGUAGCUAUUGCAACUAAGCUUCAUCAUCUUAAAGUACUUUUACAAGCUGUUGAUCCAGUCUAUUGGAGUUUUCUUGAAUCAUGUGAUGCAGUCAAUUUCUAUUUUACAUAUCGAUGGUUAUUACUUGAAUGUAAACGUGAAUUUCCAUUUAAUGAAGCUUUACGUGUACUUGAAGUAAUGUGGGCAACAUUACCUAUUGCUAGUGAAUCACCACCAUUGAGUGAAAUAUCUUUAUUACCAUUAUCAUCUGAUAAUCUAAUACCUGAUAUUCUAUAUCCAAUAGUUUAUCGACCACCACAACGUCGUGCACUUAGUUGUCCACAAUUAUCAAUUAUUGAUGAAUAUUAUUCACGUAAAAAUAGACCUCAUUCUUUUUCAUUAAUUUAUGAUCAAAAUAAUAAUGAUAAUAGUGAACAAUUAUCAUCUAGUAUACAACAAGAGUAUAAAUCCAAUAUAGAAAAAGAUGAAUAUCAAAUUUUUACAUCUAUUACUACUAAUAAUAAUUCUAAUUCAACGUCAACAAAAUCACGUGAAAAAAGUUUAGAAAAUUCUUUUUCACUUAGUGAAAUAUUAGAAUUCGAUACGAAUAGUCUAUCAGCAUGUUCUAAUGAUAAUCGUAAAUCUAAUAAUACUGAUUCUCAAUAUACAUCAUCAACAACUUGGGUACAACGUUUACCAAUGAAUAAUAGAAUAUGGAUUGAAGAAGAUAAUUCAUUUUUACUUUUUCUUUGCAUAUCUAUAUUAUUAACUCAUCGUACUCAUUUGUUAAAACAAAAACAUAUCGAUGAACAAGAUAUAGCAAUGCAUUUUGAUCGAUAUCGUCGUCGUCAUAAUGCUGAAAGAUUAUUAACACAUGCUCGAACUCUCUAUGAACAAUAUAUACAAUGGUCAAGAAAGAAUCGUAUGCUUGAUGAUCUCAAUAGCUUUUCCAUUAGUUAA